AUGUUUAAAUUCCGUCGUGAAGUCAGUACGGAGGUCAGGGAGACAUUUGUGCGUGAACUAAAGAAACUGAAAGACUUGGAAUCAGUCAAAUCACAACGAUUGAGUGUUGGCGGUCCUUCACUCACGGAUCCCAUUGAACGAAGCAAAGGCUUUGAAAUUGCCCUUCUCAGCUUGCACGAAGAUCUAGCGGCACUGGAGAGAUACCAAGCCAGCAAGGAACAUCACUGGGUGACCACAACCUACCUAUGGCCUUAUAAAGAUGACGUCGUCCGCUUUGAUUUUGAGGUUGAUCCCAGUGAUGAAUGGAUGUGGAAAUUUUAG